AUGGCGCGUAAUCUUUUGAAGAGAUGUGGUUUACCAAGGGACUUUUGGGCAGAAGCUGUUCGUUGGAGCAUCCAUAUGCUUAAUAGAUGUCCAACAAACUCUAUUCGAAAUAUGACGCCUCAUGAAGCUUGGAGUAGGCAUACACCAAAUGUUGAGUAUUUCCAGAUUUUCAGGUGUAUAGCAUAUGCACACAUUCUAGAUGUUGUGAGGAAGAAGUUGGAUGAUAAAGAAGAAGAGAAAGAACCAGAACCACCAUUGGGGAUUAGUUCACAAGCAAGUCCAACAGUACAAGAUGCUGAAGGAGUUAAAAAUGAAUCAGGUGAUACUCAGUUCAACAAUGAACAUCCUCAACGCAGCGGAGGUGCACCAAGCUGGAUGAAAAAUUAUGAGGUAUAUGGGAUUAGUAAAUCUGGAAAUACAGCCAGUCAUUUUUCAUUAUUUUCAAAUUGUGAUCCUAUAUCAUAUACCGACACCAUCAAAGAUCCAAAGUGGCAGCAAGUCAUGGAUGAGGAGAUGAUAUCAAUUGAAAAAAAUGAUACUUGGGAGUUGACAAAUCUUCCAGAAAAUCAGAAAACCAUCAGUGUCAAAUGGGUUUACAAAACAAAGUUGAAGGAAAAUGGAGAGCUCGACAAGUUCAAGCUCGCUUAG